AUGAAUACUCUCAAUGAAAAAUUGUUGAAGGAUUAUGCUCUGUAUUCCUCCACAAUCCACAAGCACAUUUUCGCUGCAUAUGCAGUGCUUCUUGCUCUGCUCCAGAUUAUCUCGAAAUCUGCAGAUCGUAUUGACGCGUUACGCGGUUUCCUGGUUCUCUUUCUGAUCUACGUCGUCCUCAUACUCUGCGAAGAAAAGCUCGGAAGAGAACCAUGUCUUAUCUAUUACUGCGUUGGAAACCUCAGUCAUCUUGUCGGCACUUUUGCCGCAGACAUGCUCGUCUUCCUUAUUUUCCCCAUCUUCGCUCUCGUUAUUGCUAUUCUCUGCCUUUGUUGGUUCAUAUUCGUUAUGCACCUCUCUUUUGCAAAGACCAUGCCCAUGAGCCAACCCGAAACAGCUGAUCCAGAGCUCGAGCUCCCUCCGGUAUGA